AUGUCAGAUAUUUUGCUUGGUUUUCCUGACGAAGAGACUGCUGUUACGCCACCAACGGCAUUUGACAAUUUUAUUGGUGGGUCGCCAACAACUUGGACGGCUCUUGAGAGUUUCCCUUCAGCCUUACCAGAAUGCCCAAACUGUAGUGGUCCUACUUCCUUUGUUAUGCAGCUUUACUGUCCAGUGGAUGUGAAUGAUCGCGUUCUAUACUUUUUCUCUUGUCCCCAAAGAGAUUGUCAGGUGACUGGUUGCUGUUGGCGUGUGUUCCGACUCUCAGGCAGAUCCUCAGAACCUCAAACAUCUCUACAGGAAGAUCUCGGAGCUGAGGUGGCCGGUUGUGAGUGGAAGUUGGAUGAGGAUGAUGAGGGCAACGACACCAAUACCUGGUUUGAUCCCUCUUGGAUGAGCAAUUCAAGAAGGCCUGAAACUUCGCAUACAAUCACUCACCUAAAAAGUCCCUUUGAGUGUCACUACAUACAAGUCUAUGCUGAAACGGAUACCGAUCAGUCGGAGAAAUCGCAAAACACUGACCUUUCUGGUUGGGUUUUGGAUUAUCAAGCAGAAUCAGAGUUCGUAGAGGAGGAUGAAAUAGUGGAGUCUGGUAAUGUAGACGAUGUCACUUUAACAUCACAGUAUCAGCUUCAUCUGGCUACCCGUGAUCCCAAAUACGGCUGCGAACCUGUCCGCUACGCCUGGAUUGGUCAACCGAUAUUUACUACCGGUGUACCUCGUUACGAGUGGGCGCCUCAUCUAGAGUGUCCUAGGUGUGGGACUCGCCGUGUCUUUGAGGUUCAGCUCUUUUCCACUCUCAACAACUAUCUUUCUGAAGUGAAAGAAAAUGCUGCCAACCCUGAUGCGACCUUUGAUCCUAUAUGGCCUCUCAAAUUUUCGACUCUCAUAGUCUUCUCAUGUCUAGCUGACUGCCCGUCUGAGGAUUGGGUGGAGGAGUGUGCACUUGUACAGACCGAGCGUGGUGAAAGCAUUUUUAGUGUUGGCAAUUGA